GCCCUGCAGCCUGGCUCCGCGUGGACUUGAGGUUCGGGCCACAGGCAGGACGGCGUUUCUAGGGCCAGGACAUGAAGGUCGCGGUGUUGGACCUUGGGUCUCUCUUUGCCAAAAUCUUCAAGACCUCGACGGCGCCCCCUGCGGCCCCCUCGCCGGUUGCCUCCUCCAGCCCCUCGCAAGGCGCUGCUGCCGCGGGGGCCGCGGGUUCCCGCCCGGGCACCUCGCUCAGCGCGGCCCGGACUUUGACCGUCCUCCCGGCCCUGGCCUCCGACUCCCCGUCCAGCUCUCGGGGGCCCUCGGUCCUGCUGCAGCCGACGCCCGCUGCGCUCCAUCCCCUGCUUGCCGCCCCCCACGUCCGAGUCUCCGUCGCCGGCCGCCCGGCAGAGGCUGUGGAGACUCCCGCUUCGCUGCCCAGUAGCCCUGGAGCAGCCAAAGUCCGGUCCUCGCCCCUGCCCCUGCCCUUGGCUCUCCCGCCCGCCCCCUCCAGCGGCGGCUGCAGCUCGGCGGGCUCCCCCGCCCACCUGGUGGUCGUGGCGCGGCAGCCCCCGGGCUCCGGCGUGGUCUGGGCGGCGUAUCCGUCCAUCGGGGGCUCGGUGGGUAGCAGCAUCAGCAGCAGUGUGACCGCGAGCCCGCGGAACCCUCGCCCCCCCUGCCCUGGGGAGACAGAACCCAGCGCUCGGGUGCCCCCCGGGCCUGGCCCCAAGACCCUGUUCUUCACUUUGCCGGACAUCGGCGAGGAGUGGGCCUCGGACAGCGACUCGGAGGACGGCCGGCUAGGAAGAGGACUGUCAGAAGGAUCUGGAAAGCAGAGUUUCACUGUGAAAAGCAAAGAUCCUUUACCUACCCAUUUUACAAAAAAUGUACAGAAAGCCAUUGCUAAAUACAGUCGGGAAUCUGUGUCAUCAUUUUCAUCAAGUGGGAGCCCCACGCCUACAGAAGCCCCCAACUCCUGGUCUGGGUCUGGGACACAGAGUUCAACAACUGGUUUAUCUACGGAGAGGAGCUCCAUUUACUCCUGGAGAGAUGAUGAGUUUGACAAAGCCAGUGCACAGAAAGUGCAGCAGUUAUUCUGGGAGGUCGAGGAAAUGUUGUUUGAAGGGAAAGUAAGCCCUCACACCCAGAAUCUCCAGGCUGAGUGCCGUGAAUGGGCGGGCCGGUCCCUGCAUCUGAGAGUAUUAGGAAGACAGCUCAUCCCGCCUGCUGAUGAAGGAGUUGAGCAUUUCCAGAGCAGCCGGCCUGCUUCUGCCAUCCACGGACCCUUCCUUGAUGACUGUGGACACAGCAGCAACAUCAGAGAGCUGUGCAUCUCUGGCUCUCAGAUAGUCCCGGCCGUGCUCUCAGCCCCCUCCCUGCCGGGUCCUGAUGGUACCAGGGUUGUGGACCUCAUGGCACAUUCAUCUCUGGAAGAAGAGGUUUUUGAUGUGGAUGGAAAGAUUGAAGAGUAUUUUGCUUUUGACAGAAAACAAGAUGGCGAGGACUGUCUUGAACAAAAACCAGCUCAUCGUCGCAGGACGUGGCAUAAGCAUGGACUUCCUCCCGUGUCGCCACACGACUGUGUCAGAGAUGCGGUGGCUGCAGAAGUAUUUGAUCAUGUCUGGAUGAAUGUGGUGGAGGUGUUGGAAAAGCUGACCAGAAAAAACUGGGAACUUACAGAAGGAAAAAAACAGAAAGAAAAAUUGAAAGUAGCCGAGAAUAAAUCUCCACCCAUAGUCAUUUCCCGCAUUAACGCUGAUGUGUCCAGUGUUCCACCAUCCAGAAGCUCUGAAACUCGAAGUGUAUCCCUGGCUUCUCAUCUUAACCCACUGCAGCCCAUCUGGUGUGGGGAAGCAGACAAAAGAGAAGACGAAAUUCCUGGUUCUUACAAGUUAGUUGGAGGGAGUCAAGCCAUGACAAAGAAUACAGCACAUAUACACCGCUUCUCCAACAAUUUUUAUAGUGACUUGAAUGGUGUGAUGACAAUUCAAGCAAAACCACUUCAGCAGAGACCUACCUGUUUUGCAGAUAGAACACAGAGUGAGCAGGAGGACAAACCAUUGGGUGUAGGAUCCGCUGUUCUUUCCUCAGCCCAGAACCGUCUGGCCCGGAUUAUGGAUGCUCGUGGACCACAGACCUCCGCAAAGAAAACACUCGCGCACAGGAGGCUGCCUUCUCUUACCUCGGACUCCCAGAGACUGAAAAUCCCCAAUGUGUACAGUGAUGAAGUUCUUAGGGGGACAAAACUGCAAACUGGCGUGGACCGUAUGGGCUCCCCACCGACUCAAACCCCAUGGAGCCGGCUGCCCCCAAUAGGCUCCGAGACUGGAGAGCACCACGUGGCAGGUCCCGGAUCACGCCCUGUUUCCCUCAGAGGAAGACAUCUACAAAAUCAUGGGUUGAGUGCAUUACCUGAUAAUGUAGAACGGUCACCUCUUCGAGAAAGAUCUCUAACCAUGGAACAGUUUUCAAGGCCCAGCACUACCCAUACAUUUCGGUCAGAUACACCUCAAAAAGGUUCAUUAACACUGAUGGAAUUUGCUGGGCAUGUGUGGACAGGUCAAGGUUUUUUAACAGGCUCACAGUAUCCACCUAAAUCUUUCCAGAGGACAACACUGACUUUAAGAAAGAGAUUCCAAGUGGCCUCCUGAUGUGACAUCACCAGAACUACAACCCUUCUGGAGCAUUCAAAGCCUCAGCACACCAUUUAUCACUUGAAAAGUGGAAGAAUUAUUAUGUUAUGUAUCUGACAGUCUGAGAUGUUAGACUGCCUGAGAGAAAUGCAAACAAAUAAACAAUUUAAUUUUGAA